AUGGCCCCUCGUAAAAAAGUUACUAGUGACGCCCCUGCCGCCCCCACGCGCUCUAGUGCUCGUAACAAAGCAGCUCAAGAAGCUCAGGCGACAGCAGCAGCAGCAUCGCAGCAAUCAAACGACGAUGGCCAAAUUCCAGCAACCAAGAAGCCAGCCUCUAAACGUAAACGUGCCGUUGCAUCAGACGAUGAGGGCGACGCGUCCAAGUCCAAAAAACCUGUCAGCAAAAAAGCUAAGAAGGGCGCAGGUACCGCCGGCGACAAUCCUGAUGAAGCAGACGUUGCGAUCGACUCAGACCAGGAAAAGGAGGUGAAAAAUCCCAAGUCGAAGAAACCCUCAAGCAAAAAGUCUGCUAGCAAGAAAGCUACGGCCCAAGCAGCAGAAAUCGAGGAAGAAUCAGUCGGUGACGAUGCUACGGAAAAGGAGGAAGCGAAAAUGGUUACGGUUGUCAAACGUGGUGCUGCUCCCGUCGACCCUAGGUCCGGGAAAGUCAAUACACAUCAAGUUUAUGUCGACAAUGAAGUUUGGGAUGCAACACUCAACCAGACCGACGUCAAAGAUAACAAGAACAAGUUCUAUAAUUUACAACUGCUGUGUCCAAUUGGCAAUAACGGGAGCUGUGAAUUGUAUACACACUGGGGAAGAGUCGGCGAAGGUGGCCAACAUCAGUUCAAGGGUCCAUUCCCUGCCUCCGCUGCCAUCUCAGAAUUCAAGAAACAGUUCAAAUCCAAGGCAGGAGUCAACUGGGAAGAUAGGGUUGGAAUGGUUGCAAAGAAAGGCAAAUAUACAUGGUUGGAACGCGAUUACGAUGACAAAGAAGUCAAUGAAGGGUCUAGUAAACCUAAGAGCCAAAAAGCGACCAAAGGCAAGGAGUCCCACGCUAUUCCUGACAGUACCCUCGCUCCCGAGAUUCAGGAAUUCUGUCGUCUCAUCUUCAACUCAAGCAUUACCGACGCGACUUUGUCCUCCAUGAAUUAUGAUGCCAAUAAACUUCCUUUGGGCAAGCUGGCAAAGUCUACUAUUUUGAAGGGGUUCACUGCUCUAAAGUCUCUCUCUGAGGUCAUUUAUGACUCCGACACUACUAAGAUUCAGGAAUACGGAUCUAAACAACGAGCUUGCGAAGAACUCACCAAUCUGUAUUACUCAAUCAUUCCUCAUAGUUUCGGUCGGAAUCGGCCUAUUGUAAUCAAUUCUGCUGAGCUACUCAAGAGAGAACUUGAUCUCGUAGACGCUUUGGGCGAGAUGGAAAUUGCCUCUCAUCUCAUGAAUACCAUCGAGGAAGAUGAAGCAAAAAAUCCCAUCAACCCGCUCGAUGCACAGUUCCGUUCUCUGGAGCUCACCAGUAUGGAGCCUAUCAAAAAAAACAGUCAAGAAUUCAAGACCAUCGAAAGAUACGUUGGGGACACGCACGGAGAAACCCAUCUCCACUUCAAAGUCGAUGUUCAGAAUAUUUUCCGUGUGGAAAGAGGUUCGGAAACCCAAGCUUGGAAACAGGCUGGUUUUGACGAGGUCGAAGACGGGGAGCGAAUGCUCCUUUGGCACGGAUCUCGUUCCACCAAUUAUGCUGGCAUUCUCACACAGGGUCUACGAAUUGCUCCACCCGAAGCACCUGUCAACGGCUACAUGUUUGGCAAGGGCGUGUACUUUGCAGAUGUAUGUUACGUUCUUCCAAACCGGUCCUUCACAAGGCUAAUCAACGAUCUCUAG